UUAUUUAAAGUGAUUAUAGCUUUGGUCUUAGAUAUUAUAGCUUUUGUCACAUAGGUUAGCGAUUUAGUCAUAGAUUAGCAAAUUAGUCAGAUUGAGAUUAAUGAUUUGUUCCAAAGAUUAACCAUUUGUUAGACCAAACAGACGAUGAGCGAGGAUGAAGGUACUGAUGUAACAUCGAUCUCACCGGAAUUUCCCAAAAACUGGAGAAAGGGAAAUCCCGUUGGGCAUGGUGGAAGUGUGUACGAGAUCAUAGACGACAGCGAGCCUAACGAGGUCAAGUUUGUGGGCAAGGAUGUGUCUGUGGCGACAGCCAGGACUGAUAAGGAGAAGAAUAUUCGAGAGCUGAAAAUUCUGGAACGAAUCAGACACCAGAGAAUCGUUGCGUUCCACGGGUACCAGCAGAAACCUGACGUCCUCACCAUCUUCUUCAAGUACAUCAAACUGGGCUCUGUGGCCAAGUUGAUAGCCGACCGAGGGUCACCGCUAGACGAGGCCACAGUUCGACUCUACACCAGACAAAUUCUCGAAGGUUUGAACUACCUACACAACAAUGAGCCGACCAUCAUACACAGAAACGUCAAAGGUGAGAACGUGCUGCUAGAAAGCCCAGGUAAUGUCCAGCUGACCAACUUCGGACUGUCCAAGAUCCUCCACAGCCAGACCAAGGCACGCUCUAACGUCGGCACCUCCUACUGGAUGGCACCAGAGAUCAUACAGGGGGCGGGGCUUAGCAGCUAUGACGUCAGAGCGGAUAUCUGGAGCGUAGGCUGCACCGUGGUCGAGAUGACCACUGGUCACCCACCAUUCCACCACCUGAACCCCAACCAGGCGGCUUUUAAAAUCGGCAGCGGGGAGAGGCCGGACUACCGGCUGCCGGACGGCACGUCUAGACAGAUGGUCAAGUUCCUGGAGAGGACCUUCAAGAGGAACUACAAGGACCGGCCUAGUGCUGAGGAUUUGCUCAAGUCUGAUCCGUUUGUAGCGGCAGGGAAAUUGUGAUGUUUUUAUUAUACGAGGGCGUCGCUAGGGGGUGUGUCUAAGGGGGAGGG